UAUAGAUUAUAACCCCCUCAGGAUACUUAACAAUCGAAUUAGUAUGUGACAGAAAUUUUUAUAUGUAAUAAAAAUAGUAGUACGUUUGACAUAUUGCAUAUACAUAUUUAAUUUCAAAACAUAUAUAUUAAUGAAUACAAAAAAUAAUAAAAUGAUCUGUCUAUAUCUCCAUUGAGAUAAAUGGACAAUAUGGAAAAAUAACACACGAACAUACUUAUCGACAGUGGGAAAAAAAAUUUGGUUACCAACUCAUGAUAAAGUAAAUUUCUAUGUACCAAUUUUAUUGGUAUUUACUUGCAUAAGUACAUUACGCCUAUAAUUAGUGCAAAAGGAAAAUACAUAUAUAUUAUAUAUAAUGAAAUUACAUAUAUAUCAAUAAAAAAAUAUAUUGCAUAUCUGCCUGCAUAUAAUUUCAAAAAAGAUAUAAUAAUGAAUACAUUAAAUAAUGAAAUUAUCUAUCCAUAUCUUUAUUGACACAAUAAAUGAAUAAUAUGGAAAGAUAAAAACAAUUAUCAUAAGACAUAAUAAAUUUUGAUUAAAUUUAGCAGUCAUUAGCUCGAUAUUACUUGCAUCAUUUACACUUAUAUAUCGCAAGUAAUAUCAAUCCAAGUCUCCAUCACUUGGAGAUUAUAGCAUACAGAGACCUGCGAGUUAAAAUUCUAUUUUCUAAUGCCAAAUAUUUUAGAAUAACAAUAAUUAAUAUUAUAAUUUAGAAAAAAGAACAAAAUCAAUCGUGGAAUGAAUCAAAACUUUUUUUUCAAUCAAUCGAGAUUAGACAAAAAAUUAUGUAUCCGUUUAAUAUCAUCCUACUUACUUGAUAAACACAAUGUGACAGAGCACUUUAAUCAUUUUUUAUAAACUCCAUUCCUAAACAAACCCAGACAUACAUAUUUUGAUCUCCAUCAUGUUGAAAUUGAAAAUAAAACGUCGUACUAUACACACAACCUAUAAACAUUAUAUAAAGAUAUCUUAUUAAAUAUUAUUUGAAAAUGAAAAUAUAUAAUAUUAUAAAGAUAUUAUAAUCUUAUUAUCUUAUAUAUUCUAUAUAUAACUUCUUCAAGUGAUGUAAACAGCAUAACUACCUGUGUAUAUAAAAUAUCUAAACCAUUUUGUAAUUAAACACAAAGGAAUCAAAAUAAUAUACAAAUUUCAUAAAACAGCAACAUAAUAUAACAGUGAAUAAAACAUCUGAAUCACCUUAUAAUUAGACAAGAAACAAUCAAAAUAAUAUGUGAAUUUCAUAUAAUAAAUAAGCAAUCAUCUGAACAUAAGAAAUUUUUAACUUUAUUACUUUCUAAAAAUAAUAUAUGAUUUCCAAUUAAACAUAUAAAAUAAUUAUUUCACACUCAUAUAUAAAUAUAUAUAUAUAUACACACACAUACUAUAAUUCACAUAUGAAAACAACAAUGACGAUAACACAGUCUCAAAAGAAUAAAAUUGAAUCUUACCAAUUUAGAUAUUUCCUAAAAUAGAAAUCAACUCUGAAUAAAUUAAUUAAAAAUUCCUUCAAUAUUUCAAAUGAAUAAAAAAAUUAUUCCAAACAAUUCAUCUUCUAUUACUCUUCAUUUUUUAUAAAUCCAAUUCGUCAUUCAAGUCAUCAAUAUUUAAAUAUAUUAUUAUUGAUUCUCAUUAUUAUUUUAUUUUAAUUUUUUGUUGGUUACGGCAAAAAUCUGAAAAAUAAAUUAAUUUUCUAUAAUGCAGGACUCAUGUUUUGAAUUAUAUUGUCGGUACCAGUUGAUAAAGUUUCAUGGAGAUCGAGCAUGUUUUCCCUAGCUGUUUGAACUUGGUUUUUUUCAUUGUACUAUUUAUAUGUGAUAUAUUAUGAAUAUUCGAUAAAGGAACUUUUUACAUAAAUUUUUAUAAACGCGGUAUUUGUUAUUGUUUUGAUAUUUGACAUUGAAGCGCAUAUGUGCUAAUUACAUUGGUUGGUUUAAUAUAUAAAUGAAAAUAAUAUAAAAGAGAAAAAGAAAUACGUUCCUUAUACGUAAUUCAUUUGUUAGUUAGAGACCUGAUAUUGUGACCAAUAUUAGAAGAAUUUGCGAUACUUUUAUAAUCAAACAGAAGGACACUAUGGAUUACUUAGAUAUUUUUAGAAGAAAUAAAGAAAUAAAAAAAAUCCAAUUACCACCUCCAUACAGCGAAAGAUUUCAACCACGUGAUAUGUCUUUAUUAGACAAUUUAUUAGAUAGCAAUCCAAUAUCUACAAGUGAUGCAACUGGUACCGAUUAUGUACAGGAAUACAUUGAGAAGGAAGAACAAGAACUUCUUCAGUCCACUGCAAGUCACAUAUCAAAUAAUUGUGGGACGGGACCUAAAAUGGAUGCAGUAUCUGCAGGAUCAGAUCCUGUUAUACAAGAACUUAAUAAUGAAAAAUUAACAAAUGUAUAUAAAACGUUUAAUUUUGCCUAUCGUCCAAAAACGAAUUUAACUAUCACUACAAUGAAAGACCGUAUAAUCUCAAUGAUUGAUACCAAUCCUGUAGUUAUUAUAGAGGGACCAACUGGUUGUGGCAAAACAACACAAGUACCACAAUUUAUACUAGAUUCUUGUUAUAAAAAAAGAGCUCACUGUAACAUCAUAGUAACACAGCCUAGACGUAUUGCUGCUAUUAGUAUUGCAAAAAGAGUUAGUCAAGAAAGAGAAUGGCCUGUAGGAACUCUUGUUGGAUAUCAAGUAGGCAUGAUAAACAAUACAUCUGAAGAUACCCGUUUAACAUAUUGUACAACUGGUGUGCUUUUACAAAAAUUAAUAAAUACAAAACAUAUGUUGGAAUAUACUCAUAUUAUACUAGAUGAAAUUCAUGAACGUGAUCAGGAAUUGGAUUUCCUGUUGCUUAUUGUAAGAAAAUUUUUACGGACAAAUUCACGUACAGUGAAAAUUGUACUUAUGUCUGCAACAUUUAAUGUUGAAAAAUUUGCUAAAUAUUUUUCAUCACCUGUUGGAAAUAAACUUGAAGCUGCACCUGUCAUUGAUAUUGCUAAACGAACUUACUUUAAUAUAAAUAUUUAUUAUCUGUGUCAACUUGGUAUGUUAGGACCAAUACCAGAAAUAUCACGAGAUGAACCAAAAGUAACAAAAAGUAUGAUGGAUUUUUGUGUACACAUAGUAAUUGUUCUUGAUGAACUUGAUAUGAAGGCGGAUGAUGCAUAUGAUAGUAAAACAGGGUUAUAUAAUAGACAUGUAAUUCUUGUAUUCUUGCCAGGAAUUAAUGAAAUAGAAGAAAUGCAUAACAUGUUAACGUCUGCAAAAUAUGAAAACUCUAAAUGGGAUAUUAUUGUUUUACAUUCAUCAAUUACAAAUGAAGAACAACACAAAAUUUUUGAACAACCUCCAAAAGGCUAUCGUCGUAUUAUUUUAUCAACAAAUAUUGCUGAAAGUAGUAUUACUGUACCUGAUGUAAAGUAUGUAAUCGAUUUUUGCUUAAUAAAACAACUUGUGACUGACCCAAAAACUAAUUUUCAAUGUUUGGAACUUUCUUGGGCUAGUAAAGGAAAUUGUCAACAACGUGCUGGUCGUACAGGUCGUAUAAUGGAUGGAAGAGUAUAUAGAUUAGUACCAAAAAAUUUUUAUGAUACAGUACUAUGUGAUGAAGGAAAUCCUGAAAUGUUGAGAGCUCCUCUUGAAAACUUAGUGCUUCAGGCAAAAGUUCUAAACAUGGGUGAACCUAAAGCUAUCUUAGCUUUAUCUCUUGAUCCACCUGAUCUUAGUAACUUAGAGCGUACUAUACUCUUAUUGAAAGAAUCUGGUGCAUUACUCAACAAUAAUGAUAAAACAGAACUCUUUGAUGGUGAAUUAACAGAUCUCGGCCGUAUAAUGGCUGCUCUACCAUUAAAUAUUUAUGUUACUAAAUUGAUUGUAUUAGGUCAUCUCUUCAGUGUUUUAAGAGACAUGAUAAUAAUUGGUUGUAGUAUGACUGUAAAGGAUAUGUUUUGUAGUCCAUUUGGAAAAAAGUUAUUAGCUUAUAAUGUGAAAUUUAGUUGGGCUUGUGAUUCAGAAAGUGAUUGUAUAGCAUUUCUAAAUGUUUAUAAAGUAUGGACAAGUGAGAAAGCAAAUCGUCAUUUAAAUAAUAAUGCUAUGGAAAAGAGAUGGGCACAAAGACAAUUUGUACAAAUAAAAGUAUUGCGUGAAAUUGAAGCUCUCGUGUAUAACGUGACUCAAAGAUUAAAAAAAUUUGGUAUAACUGAAAGUGUUGGAAUUAAUAAAGUUAGGUGGGAUGAUGAAGUACGACCAUUUGUUCUAAAAAUUGUAAUUGCUGGUGCAUUUUAUCCUAAUUAUUUUGUUAAACACCAAAAUGUCGAAGAAUUAAAAGAGGGGCAUAAGAUCAUGAAUGGAUUAGACUUAACAAAUACAGUAUAUUUGCAAGGUUGGCCAUUAAAACAGCCAGGACUUUUGUAUGCACGCAAAAUUCAAAAUAUUUUCCAGGAUUGUUUUAAAUCUUCUGUCGGAAAAGUAAACGUUUCUUUCAAAUCUUCGCGUAUAUAUCUUCAAUUUAGUAAAAGUUAUACAGAUGAAGAAAGAAAAAUUCCACUUUCAGUAUAUAGAUCUAUUAAAAUGAGACAAUGUAAUAUACCUAUUGAAAUAUCUGUUUUAAGUGAAAAUGACGCUCUUGAUAUGGCAAAAAAAAUGAAUCUUGAAGACAAGUCAAUAUUUUUUAAUAACAAUAUUUCUAUAAAAGAAAGCAAAAAACCUGCUUAUAAUAAUCCAAAUCUUCCAGGUCUUGAUAUUUCAUAUAUUGCAAUUAAAAUAAUAAAUGUCAUAGAUCCUGGUCAUUUUUGGAUACAUAUAAAUGAUAAAGAUACACAUGAUAAAGUAAGGCAGAUACAAAAAUUUCUGAAUGAAGGAGAAAAAUCAUUAAAAAAAUUCGAUUAUCUUCCAGAGAUUAACACUCUUGUAGCUGUUCCAUUCAAGAAAACUCUUCAAGUAGAAUUUUAUCGUGGUGUAAUCACAAAUUAUAUCGAAAAAUCUGAUAACAAAUUUGCUUUAUGCCAAUUAAUUGAUAUAGGUCAAACUGUAAAAAUUCAUAUAAACAAUAUACGGCAAAUUAUAUAUUGUGAAGAUAUUAUGAAAAUACCUGCUUUAGCACUGGAAUGUGUUUUAGCUAAUAUUCAACCUUGUACAACACAUACCCACAAGAUACAUUGGCCUCAGGAAGCUAAUAACAAAUUUCAUGAAUUACUUGAAAGUAAUGAACAAAUAUUUGGUGAAAUAUAUUCUGUUGUUAAUAAUGUUAUAGCUUUAACAUUGAUAGCUGUAACUACAGAAAACAAAAUUAAUAUCAACCAAAUAUUAAUAGAUCAAAAAUUAGCAAUGCAUAAAGAAGAAAGUUAUUUAUCACGAUUGAACAAUGAGUUACGAAAAAAAUAUGAAAAUAUGAGUGCAACACAACUUCUUUAUUAUGAGAAGAUGCAAUACGAAGAUUAUAAUUCAUGUGAUGAUUAUCCUGAUCUUCCUGAUGACUCGAAAUGGGUUUCAACAGUACGUUUACGUGGUCCUUUUUCUCCUCUUGAAUGUUCUUUACGACAUCUUACAAUUGCUGGUAGAGGUAAAAAAAUUAUCAUCGAAACGAAUUCAGUUAAUUCAGUUCUUCUGGAUAGUAAUUGGAAGGAACAACAAAAACAUCUCCUAGUGGCUGGAACUGUAAACCAAAAUGUAAAUGGUAGCAAUUUAACAUUACGUAAUACCACUUUAAUACCUGCCAUUCCUGGUUUAACAGCAUUACUUGCUUUAAUUUUUACACCACGUAUGGAAUUACGACGUAAUUCUUCUGGUACAUACUAUGUUGGAGCAUUAUGUGGAUUAGGAUGUGAUAGUUCUACCAAAGAGAGUCUUUUCCCAGAACGUGAUAUGGAAAUAUAUUUUGAUGUUGAGAUAACAUUUGAUGAUUUACAAGAUAUAAAUAGAUUGCGACAUUGGAUGAAUAUUGGCAUGCAUAUUAACGAAAAAAUUGAAGAAAAUAAUAAUUCUGAAGAAAUAAUUUCUUAUCAAAAUAAAAUAAAAAUAAUAUUAUCCAAACUUAUGGAUAAAUGUAGAAAAAAACAAGAUCCUGAAAUGUUGAUGAACUUUUAUAAAUGGGGAAUGUAUGAUGAAUUAUUAUUUCUACAACCUAGUAGAAUGACCAUGGUCAAAAAUAAUAUUUACAGUUUACAUUGGGCAUUAGAAUUAGAAGAGAAAAAUGAUGAACUCGAAAAAAUGACGAAUCAUAUUAAGGAAUUACGUAAUUUAGCUUCAGAAGAUGAACGAAAAUUACUAAAUACUGAAAUUUACUGCGAUUUCUGUAAAGUAACUAUAUACAGUGUUCUACAACUUCGUGUACAUUUGUAUACACUGGUACAUAGAGAAAAUGAAAAAAAAUGGAAUAUUAAACUUUGAACAUUCAUAUUUGCCAGAACAUUUCUAACAACGUAAAUCGAAAGACUUAAUAUUUUAAUUUUUAAUACAAUUUGAAUUAGUGUAUAAUUUCUCAUUAUUACUUUUUUAUUUUUUAUAUAUUUUAUAAUGUUAUAAAAUAAAAAUGAAAUAUUUUUAGUUAUUUAUUAGCAAAUGGAGAAAAUAUUAUUUUAGUAACACUUGUACAUUAACAUGUACAUUCGUGUCAGUAUUAUAUGGAAUAUUAUUUGUCCAAUAUAUAUUAUAAUAAUAUUAUAAAACAAUAUUAUAUAGUAU